GCACUCGGGAAACUUGCGUUGGGUAUUCAUUUUUUACUUAGUAUUUGCCUUUUAUAUUAACUUGAUCUUCACAAUACAAGUUGCUCACUUUGAGGUACCUCAGCAAAAUCAACAAGUCAAAAAACUUGCAAUAAUUGGUGCUGGUGCCGGAGGUUCUUCAGCUGCCUAUUGGAUUUCAAAUGCUUUUGUGAAUUCUUCUGUUAAAGUCGAUACUACAGUUUAUGAACAAUCGUCACGCAUUGGUGGACGUACUGAAAUUAUUAAUUUUGAACGCGAUGGUAUAACCAUCCCUAUCGAGUUGGGAGCAUCUAUUUUUGUUGAUGUUAAUUAUCAUAUAGUAGAAAAUUCGAAGAAAUUUGGGUUAGAAUUUAUAAAUUAUGGAGAAGAAAUGGAAGAUUCGAAAACGGGAAUAUGGAAUGGCGAAGAAUUCGUCUUUGAACAAUCUUCUAAUCCAUAUUGGGACACUUUAAGAAUUUUGUGGAAAUAUGGAUUGGCUCCUAAAAAAGUUCAAAACCUAGUAAAAGAAAUUGUCGGAAAAUUCUUAGAAGAGUAUAAAUUUGAUGAACCUUAUACUAGUAUAGAUUCAGAGUCAGAACGGCUUCAAUUAAACAAAGAACUAAAAUUCACAGCUCAGUAUUAUUUUUCCGAGUUAGAAAAAAUCAACCAGCUCUAUCUUCAGCACUUUGUUGAACCAAUGACUCGCGUUAAUUAUGGACAGAAUCUAGCGGAAUUACACGCACUAGGUGCCUUUAUUAGUUUAGCGCCCCAAGGAGCGAAAAGCAUUAAAGGCGGAAAUUUUCAAUUAUUUGAAAAAUUCGUCGAGUUUUCUGGUGCUAAUUUGAAAUUGGAUACAAGAGUAGUUAAAGUAACGAAAUUGCCAUCGCCUGAUGGCAUCAACAACGUAAAAUACGUUGUAAAAUCGAAAGAUGGUUCUUCUGAAGAGUAUGAUGCAAUUAUUCUGGCCGCUCCUAUUCAAUUUACUGGAAUUGAAUUUGAAAAUAUGAAUCUUAAAAUUAAGAAGAUCCCAUAUGUGACACUUCACGUUACUUUAGUCACAGGACACGUUAAUCCAGCCUAUUUUGGUCGUUCCAAAAUUGAAGAUAUUCCCGAACAGAUUGUAACAACUAACAGCGGAAAAUGUGAAUUUUUAUCUUUUGCAGGAAAAUUGCGACUUCCAAAUGGAGAAACUAUUAAUAAGUUAUUUUCACAUCAAGAAUUAUCUGACGAGAUGCUUGAUAGACUUUAUAUCAGUCGUUCUUGGACUUUUCGUAAAGUAUGGAAAAGUUAUCCUAAACUCUUGCCAAAUCAAACUUUUCCGCCUUUAGAACCCGACGAAAAUUUCUUUUAUAUCAAUUCUUUUGAACCUUUUAUUUCGACCAUGGAAACAGAAUGUGUAUCAAGUAAAAAUAUUAUUAAAUUGAUUGCGAGAAAAUGGGAUAGUUCGGGUCCGAUAAAAGCUAAAUUGUAAAAACAAAACUUAUGGGUACGCUUGUAUAUUAUUCUUGUAGCUUGCUUGCCUAACUAUACGAAAUAUGAAAUAUUUAUUUUUAAUCAAUAAAAUGAAUUGUAAUUUACAAGUAAUCAUAUAAAGAACUUUGGUGUAAAUUGGGACUGGAU